AUGAUACAGCGCAUUCUGCGAAGGGUGGAGUGGAUAGAAGGAGGCAGAGGUGGCGUGAGAGGAAUAAAGAUGGAUGACGAGAAUGUAGCAGCACGUUUUGUUGAUGUUGACGCAAGGAAAUGGGAAUCGAAAUUCAUUAGCAUUGGUAAUAGACAGUACAAAAAUGUCAACGUCUCUGUUUAUGCUUCUACAAGUCUCGACAUGGAGUCAUCGGUGGCCAUCAGCAGCGGCUUGACAUUGAUUAUCAUAGGUUAUGGCUUGUUACUAGUCUACAUUAUGAUGAUGCUCGGCAAAUUCAGUCUCGUGGAACAUAAGUUUUAUGUAUCUCUUGGCGGUGUCCUCAUGGUUGCAAUGACUUGUAUAGUUUCAGUAGGAAUCUGUGCGAUCGGGGGAUUCGUAUAUUCCGUACUGAACUCAAUCUUGCCGUUUUUGUUGCUUGGUAUUGGUGUAGAUGACAUGUUUGUUAUUGUACAGGCGUGGGACAACUUGACGGCGGACGAGAAGGCAAAACCAGUGCAUGAAAAGUCAGCCCUUGCUCUGAAACACGCUGGUGUCUCAAUCACUGUUACAUCUGUCACCGACAUGAUAGCGUUUGCCGUUGGAGCUACCACUAUUCUCCCUGGAUUGCGUUCCUUCUGCGUUUACUGCGGGAUUGGUAUAUGUUUCUUGUUUAUCUUCAAUAUACUAUUUUUUGCGUCGUUACUCGUUUUGGAUGCACGUCGCAUUGAAAGUAAACAUGACGCUUGUAUUUGCUGUUACCGUCAUGGUGACGAUUAUCAGUCCCCGGAAUGUGCCGGACGCUAUCGCCUCCAGGAGUUCUUCGAGGGAAUAUACGCAAAAGUGCUUAUAAAACUACCUGUCAAGGUAUUCAUUGUUGUACUCACUGCUGUUCUGUUCGGUUUCGGAUUGUGGGGAACGUUGAAGAUUGAACAAAAAUUCGACUUCCUGAAGUUCGUUCCGCUAGAUAGCUACGUCACUACAUUCUUCGACGUCAGAGAAAAGUUCUUUCCUGCUAGAGGAAGACAUUCCGCUAUUUACUUAUCCGAUGUUCGAAUAUUCGAGGAAAGGUCUGCAAUUACGAAACUCUACGCAGACGCACGCAAUAACACAUACAUUGACCCAUUAUCGUUCUCCAACUGGUACGAAGAGUACGAAUCGUGGCUACAGUAUAGCAAAGCAAACGACAGCGGCUUCGACGAAAGUAUGAAAUGGCCUAUAAAUGAAGAAAUAUUUUUAAUAUGGGUUCAUGAAUUUCUUGAAAAUUCAACGAUUGGAGCACAAUAUCAAACUGAUGUUGUUUUUGAUGAAAAGACAUCAAAAUACAUUUCUUCAAGAAUCAGGUUCAAGCACAUCGUCUUGAGUGACUCAUCAGAUAAAGUAAAAGCAAUGGAUACAAUCCAAAACCUUGUAGACGAGGCAGAGUUCAGGUUCGAUAACGACGCGUUUGCAUUCUCCAAGCCAUACUUUUACUACGAAACAAAUAAGAUCAUUAAGAAAGAGCUGUGGAGGAACCUGGGCCUUGCAUCGAUUUGUGUCCUGCUCGUAAUCUUACUACUCCUCGCAAAUGGCAAUGCAUGCGUGUUAGUUUUCUUUUCUGUGGUAUUGACACUUGUUGAUGUUGCUGGCUUUAUUCAUCACUGGGGCCUGAGCAUCGAUACCGUAGUGACCGUGAUGUUAAUUGUAUCCAUCGGUAUCGCUGUUGAUUACUCCGCUCAUAUUGGCCACACUUUCAUGACAGUAACGGGAACAAAGAAUGAACGCACGUGUAAAACCUUGGGGAACAUUGGACCAGCGGUAUUCAAUGGCGGCUUCAGUACGUUCCUUGUGUUUAUCCUUCUAUCGUUAUCGAACUCGUACAUUUACCAGGUGUUUUUUAAGGUAUUUCUCUUAGUUGUAAUGUUUGGAUUAUUCCACGGUCUUGUGUUGCUGCCGGUUCUUUUAAGUUGGAUUGGACCAUCUCCUUUUCCAGAGUACCGUGAACCUACUGACCCUCUAUCUAAAGAAAAUGAGAAACAGUGUGGUAACAAAGCGGGAGUUGACAACGGUGUGACCCAUGUAGAAGUCUGUCCACCACAUGCUGAGUAUCAUGAGCCCACCGACCUUCUCUCCAAAGAAAAAGAAAAACAAUACGAUACAGAAGCAGGAGUUGACAACGUUGCGUUCGACGGAGAAAUCUGUCCACCAAAAGCUAAUGGCGAAGCUGAUGGAAAUGUCUUCGAUAACCAAAAUAACGCCGAAACAAAAACAGUAAGGUAGUGUUCCACGUCAUUUAAAAAUGACUCGAAGCUCAAAAUGGGGCUGUACUCAUUGGCUAUUUUAAACUGCCUUCGAGCACUAUACCCCAAAGCAAUAUUUAAUUGCAAUAAAUGCUCUGCGUGCAUUCAUUUUUUACUAGUAUAGGAAAAACGACUAUAUAUCUGCUUAUUUCAGAAUCGGUUCUAAAUUGUUGUGCCUUUGUUUAUCAAUGCAAAUUUUGUGAAUUUUAAUAGUAAAGAAACACUGGCUUCGGUCUCCACAUAAAGGGUUAGCUUAUGUUUAAUAGAUUGAAAAUUGUUAUUUCAUUCUAUAAAAAAAUUGGUCUUGAAUUAGAGGGGCCUCGAAUCGGAGGGUGCACUGUACGUGUAUUUUUAUUCCAAAAAAAAACUUAUUUAAAUAACCAACAUACUCAGAUUAAAAAUAUAUUGUAAUAGCAUACAAGGAUGAAGUGUAGUAUAUUUUUAUAUAAAAAUUAAAAAGGAAAAAAA